AUGGUAUUCAAAGUGGGGAUCAUAGGUGGAUCCGGUCUCGAAGAUCCACAAAUUCUACAAAAUGCAAGGGAAGUGGAAGUGGAAACACCAUUCGGGAAGCCUAGCGACAAGUACCUUGAAGGAACUAUUGGCGAUGUUCACUGUAUUAUUCUUGCUCGUCAUGGCCGUAAACACGAUAUCAUGCCUUCAGACGUAAAUUUUCGUGCUAAUUUAUGGGGCAUGCACACUUUAGGCGCCUCUGUGAUCAUCGCAUCAAUCGCUUGUGGAUCAUUGCAAGAAGAUGUGAAACCGGGCGAUCUCGUCUUUCCUGACUCAGUUUUUGACAGAACAACUGGACGCAAAACCACAUUUUUCGAUGGGACCGUCCCGCAAGUUCCAGGAGUUUGUCACAUUCAGAUGCAUCCUACCUACAAUGAGAAGUUAAGAAAAAUCCUUAUUGGAGCGGCUAAGGAUCUUAACCUUAAAUAUCAUGACGGUGGUUUCGGAGUAUGUAUUAAUGGUCCUCGAUAUUCUUCCAAAGCGGAAAGCCGUAUUUUCCGAUCUUGGGGUGCAAACUUGAUUAACAUGACAAUGAUACCAGAGUGUUGUCUUGCCAAAGAACUUGGAAUACCGUAUGCAACAACAGCUCUAGUCACUGAUUACGACUGUUGGAGAGAAGAUGAGCACGUGUCAAUGGAGCUAGUUAUGAAAACGUUCAAAGAAAAUUGCCACAAAGCUAAGAAUCUAUUCAUUGAGGCUGUCAAGCGAAUUGCAAAAGAGGAUUGGAAAGAAGAAAUUGCUACUAUGAAGAAAGCAGCUCGUGAUGCGGUGAUGGUUGGGCCUGAGGUCGUCAUUCAUCAUCUCGUUGUUAAAAACUAA